AUGAUACGGCUAAAUGUCGAAAAGCCUUUUCAGUGGAGUUCGGGGUGGUUUUCGCCUAUCUAUUGCGAUAACCGAAUUACGCUUUCCGAUGUGGAAGCUCGUACUUUUAUCAAAAAAGCAUUAGCUAAAGCCAUCAAAAAGCAUUUUCCUGAGGUAGAUGCCAUUGCAGGUGUAGCUACCGCAGGUAUUCCGCAAGGAGCAUUGGUAGCAGAUGCCAUGAGUUUGCCUUAUGCUUAUGUGCGUCCGAAACCAAAAGAACAUGGUAUGGGCAAUCAGAUUGAGGGUAGGCUAGAGGCUGGUCAGAAAGUGGUGGUGAUAGAAGACCUUAUCUCGACAGGCGGAAGCUCACUGAAAGCCGUUGAAGCAUUGCGUGCAGCAGGAAUUGAG